AUGGAUCGGAGCUCUUUCUCCCCGCGAACCAGGAACACCCGACCCAAGGCCGAUAUAUACUCCACUUUCGUAGUUCACGACGAAGACGAUGACGGCGAAACAAACCGGCGCCGGAAACUUGCCAACGCGGAAGUACAGGAAGAUCCAUACUCAACAAUGGUGUUCAAAGACAACGGCCACAAUGACGAAGACGACGAAGAUUCCUUUCUCCCUCCGCUUCUCAAGCGUCUCCCCAAGGACUUCGGGGGCGGAGCGUCGAUGGAUUACGACGAUGAUGACGAAUCUGGUGAUUUCGGUACUGUGAUCGUGAAGAGCGAUCGUGGCCAGCAGCGAGAUCGGUCAUCUACCGGCGUGGGCUUGCCGGUGGGUCCGACCUGGAAGACUGGGAGUUCUUCUCAGGCGAAUCCUUUGAACAGAAGGAACGAAGACGACGCUGAAGAAGAUGACGGUGGCGGAUUUUCAACUUUUGUCAUGCGUUCGACGGUGAGGGCUGGCGAGACAGAGUCUGUUGGUGGAACAAUGGUGCGACGGACAGGAAGCAACGAAGGUGGAGGUUCGACUAUGGAGAGGGCAAUUGCGAGUAUGCAGGGUGUGGGAGAGUUUGGGAAGAGGAAAGGAAGCGGAUCUUCACAUAACGAAGAGGGAAAGCAACACUCCAAUGCCACCAAGGUAUCCACGAGUUCCAUCCCUGAUAGUGUAAUCAGAGAGGACCCUACAACCAAAUAUGAGUUACUCAAUGAACUUGGGAAGGGUUCCUAUGGUGCUGUUUACAAAGCCAGGGAUUAUAGAACCUCUGAGAUGGUUGCUAUCAAAGUCAUAUCAUUAUCUGAAGGGGAGGAGGGAUAUGAGGAAAUUCGUGGUGAAAUUGAGAUGUUACAACAGUGUAAUCAUCCUAAUGUUGUCCGUUAUCUCGGAAGCUAUCAAGGAGAAGAGUAUCUUUGGAUAGUGAUGGAAUACUGUGGUGGUGGUAGUGUUGCUGAUCUAAUGAAUGUGACUGAUGAAGCACUGGAUGAGAGUCAAAUAGCAUAUAUCUGCAGAGAAGCACUGAAGGGACUUGACUAUUUACACUCAAUUUUUAAAGUCCAUAGAGACAUUAAAGGUGGGAAUAUCUUAUUAACUGAACAAGGAGAUGUCAAGCUAGGCGAUUUUGGCGUCGCUGCACAGCUUACAAGGACCAUGUCAAAGCGUAAUACGUUCAUUGGAACCCCUCAUUGGAUGGCUCCGGAAGUCAUUCAGGAAAGUCGCUAUGAUGGAAAGGUAGAUGUCUGGGCUCUUGGCGUGUCUGCAAUUGAAAUGGCAGAGGGUGUUCCUCCAAGAUCAUCAGUGCACCCAAUGAGGGUUUUAUUCAUGAUAUCCAUCGAACCAGCUCCAAUGCUCGAGGAUAAAGAAAAAUGGUCUUUAUAUUUCCAUGAUUUUGUUGCCAAGUGCCUGACCAAAGAACCACGUCUCCGCCCUGCUGCAUCUGAGAUGUUGAAGCACAAAUUUUUUGAAAAAUGGAAAAUUGGAUCUGCUGUAAUGUAUCCAAAACUAGAAAAGGCAAGGCAAGUCAGGGCUUCAAUGGCUUUACAGGCGCAAUCUCUUGCUUCUGCUGCAGCAGGAGAGCAGGAGCCAAUGAUAGCUUCCAUACUAAAUGACGAAUAUGGAGAUACUGUUCCAUCUAGACCACAGAGCAUGUGCAUUGAGGAAGCAGCUUAUAUCCCAUCACAUGAAAUCAUGAGGAAGUUGCAAAAGGUGGAUGAGGAUGACAAUACUGAAGGUAACUUUGGAACUGUGAUAGUCCAUGGGAAUGAAUUAUUUAAGACCAGACAGGAUGCAGAUUCUGCUAGUUAUAAAUCUGCUUUUGCCAGCAAUACAGGAGGCACAUUUUCUGACCUUCGGGUUGAGAGUCUAAAAGUUGGCGACAUAAACACUGCCUCUUUUAGAGCAUCUAGUCCUACUACAGAUACCAUACAAUCGUCUUUACCAUCUGUUAGUAAUUUAAAUGAGCAGAACCUCAAAACAAAAGGCACUCAUCGAGCACAAGCUGGAAUUGGUAGUGAUAUUAGGAAUAAUGCACUUCAGAAUGAAACAGUCAGCCGCAAAUUUGCUUUACAAGAUAAGCUUUGGUCCAUUUACGCCGCUGGUAAUACAGUCCCCAUACCGUUCUUAAGGGCGACAGAUAUAUCACCUAUUGCUCUCCUAUCAGACAAUGUGUUUGGCGGCAUGCAACAGGAUACAGGUGGAACUAAAACAGUAGAAGCAUUGCAAGAACUUUUUAGUGGCGAUGGACAGUCCAAAAAGGGUCGUAGAGGAAUAAAUGAGCAUAUGCCACUUCCUCCAAGCAUUUGCCAAAGGUUGACGUCAAGUUCUACUUUAAUGAAUCUGGCACAGGCUUUAGCUUAUCAUAAGAUGUGUUACGAAGAUAUGCCACUACAGGAAUUGCAAGCAACGCAGGAGCAGCAGACUAUUCAAAAUCUCUCUGACACACUUAGAACCAUUCUUCGGUUAUAG